AUGGGCCAUACCAGUGAUUUCGGUAUUGCAAAGAUCACUUCUGUUGUUUCCAGCACUACAAUUGCUACUAGUGUUGGCAAAGACCAAAAUAGCUCGAAUGCAAUGAAAGGAUCCAUGGGCUACAUUGCUCCAGAAUAUGGUGUGAGUGGCAAGGUGUCCACUGAGGGAGAUGUGUAUAGUUAUGUAAUCCUUUUAUUGGAGAUGUUUACUGGAAGAAGACCAACUGAUAACAAGUUCCAAGAUGGUCAUACUCUACAUAACUUAGUGAAAACGUCUUUGCCUGAGCGCGAGUCAUGGAGCAUUGCAGCAUUGCGAAUUGGCAUCACAUGUUCCAUGGAAUCACCAAAGGACCGAAUGGAGAUAGGUGGCACAGCCAAUAAAUUAUGCUCGAUCAAGAACCUCUUCUUAAGGGAGGCAGACCAUGGAGGGGAAAAGGAGGAGGCGGAUAUUGAGGAAGAAGGCACACCAAACAUCUAG